CGCUGUGAUACAUAGUACCACGUGUGCAGCAAUAUGUAGCAUUUAUUACGAGCUAGUAGCAUCGAACAACCUUGGCCGAAAAAAUGUCAGACCCUCAUCCAGACUCGUCAACACCGAAAACGGAUCUUAGUACCUGCUCCGACGAGCAGGCGCGUGUCCUCGUUGUCGGCUUGGGUUUCGCGGGGCUCAAUGUGGUGCGCAAUUUGACCACACUGGCUUCGAGUAAUUUUAAGCUCCAUAUCACCGCGGUCGACGCAAAAGAGUACUUCGAAUUCACGCCCGGUGCGAUUCGGGCUAUGUGCGAGGCGGCGGAUAAUAAUUUUUCCGACGACAAUAUGAUCAGCAGCGCCUCCACCCCCUCCAAAACUACAAGCAGAGCGCACCAAGUUCUGGGUUUCGCCGUGGAGAAGGUUCGCAGCCUGCUUCCACAGUGGUGCCAGCGCCGAUGGUGCAACAUGGGUUAUGGAACGACCACGACCUCUGGUCAUUUGAUCCCCGGAACUGCGACUCUCCUGAGCCGCAACUACACGCACUUUCGCUACGAGGAGUACUUCGCGGAGCUGCAAGGGAGUGUUGUCUCUUCGAGCUUCUCCAGGAAGAAAACCGCGAUGAAACCACCUGCCUGCGAGAUUGUUUUCAAGCAAGGACUUGUCCGGAAUCUGAACCCUGGAGCGGCGCUGGUGGAGGUCGUGAGAAAGACGGAGAAGUCCUCUUCAGCUCCGCCGUUGCAACUCACGAACGCUCCUGCGGCAAAAAAUACGACUUUGCAGACCGUGCCAUUCGACUUCGCAGUGAUUGCAACGGGUAGUGCGUACCAGGUGUGGAAAGCCGACUGCUACGGAGCCGUCGGAAUCAACGAGAACGACGUGGUCGAGCCUGCGACCGGGGACAAGCACGAGAGCAACACCAGCACCGCCGCAACCAAUGAUUUUUCGACUGCAGAUUUGGAUCUCGCCGGCCGGCUGAAGUUUCUGCAAACCGAGAAACGCGUCCUGCACUCUACUUCAACGGUGAUGAACCCAGGCUCUUCUCGUGUGAAAGUGAUUGGCGCCGGGGUGGUCGGAGUCGAACUGUGCGCGGAUCUGUUGCAUUACUUCCCCCAGUUGCACAUCGACCUGCAGCUGGCCAGUCGGGGUCGCAGUCAGGUUCUGAAGGACUACCCGAAGAGCGCACGGCAGUACGUUCUGAAGUAUUUCGAAAGGACAAAACGCGUGCGAAUUGUGUACGGAGAUGACGAGGUGGAGCGGAAAAAUGACGGUACAAACGGAGAAGAUACUAGGAGCUCCUACCUCCGCGUUUACCGCUGCUACCCACAAUCAUCUACGGGUACGGACAGCAUCAGCACUAAAAACCACCUCCGCGCGAACCGGCAGUUGCAGGUCCAUGGUUUUUUGGAGAAGAACGUGUUUGUAGUGGGUGACGCCGCGGAACUCGGAGGUCCGGAAAUACAGGAUGAAGGAUUACUUGGAGGAGACAAGAGCGCUGCGGUAGUACCAGAACACGACGAAGAUGAUUUGAUUUCCCAACAACCACAUGAGCAAGUGGACGUGGAGGUAAAGUCGAGCGGAAGCAGCACGGAAUCCCUGGUGGGUAAGAUGGAGAAAGUUAAAUGUACUUCUCCGAGCAGAAGCUGCAAGAACAAAACAUCAAUGACCAGAAAUAGCACGUGGCGCUGUCCUUCGGUUUGCAGCUCGUUGUGGAGCAUUCCGCUCACGGUGCUGGACGUCGGGCUCGCUAUUGUAUGGAAAAAUCCCCCCUCCCCAUAUCGAAAAAGUAUGUUUCCGAAAAUUUGUGUUGCUGAUUUGAGACCACAAAUCACGUCUGUCUUGCAAGAAGACAAGCGCAGAAGCUUCGACAACAUUAUGGAACCGAUUUGGCAUGCUGUUGCGCCUAGGGGACAGCCGUUUGUAACGCUAAGCAACUAGACCAAAACGCCCCUACUUAGGCCGAGGAUCUGGCUGCGCUGCCUUACUGCAAGACAAAUCGGAUUUGUGUACGCAAAUCUAGCAUCAGAGGUUUCGUUUUGAUAUGGGGAGGGGGAAUUUUUCCUGUUGAUACUCGCGCUGGUUUCGCCUACUUCCUACUUUUGCGCGAAGCGGAAAAAACACGGCCCCCGUGCCGGUGAAAGAAAUUCGGCGGGACGACAGAAAAAAUACACCCAAAAGACAGUGCAGUCCCAACGAAACCGCAACGGGUACGUCGCGGAGACCACUGCCCGGCUGGUCGUGCGGCAAAUCCGCGAACGGGUGCUGCUGGAGCAGCGAAAAAAGAUAGUGGAGGUGGCGGCCGCAAGAAACGUGACUACUAGUACGACCUCUUCUAAAGACGGCUUGACGAGAGCGGCAAAUAGAAGCACGCCGCCUGGUACAGCGGAUGACCAGAACGACGAUCACAGCCACAAGAAGAACAGCUCGCACUUUAUUACCUCAUCUGCUAGCGCCAUAGUGACAUCACUGUUCUCUGCUUUGCAGACGAUACCGCUAGUCGAGAAUUUGUUGGUGAGGGUGGCCUCGUCGACGCUCUGCUUCAGCUACAGAACAACAUGCGGAGAGGACAAGAACAACUCACGUACAACUUCUUUUGACAGGAGCCGCUACCAGCUUUCCUCGACCGAGAACUUGUUCAGCGACCUGGAAGUGGUUUCUCUUGGGCCGAAUGACGGAAUCGUCGUUUCCGGCCGAUUUUUCCUGCUGUCCGGCGGCGUGGCGGUGGUGCUGAAGAAUUUUGUCCACUUUACCAAAAUGCGCGAGUUACGGGGCGGGUUUGUGGAGAACACGAUCUGGGGAUUGGUCCCGCAUUUUUGA